GAUUGCAAUUGAUAAAUCUCCAAUUCUUCUUUGUCCCCUUACCGAGAGAAUCCGAGAUCAACCCCGAAGACGCGAGGGGUUUUUCUCGGCUUCUUCUGAUUCCUCCUCCUCCUCCUCUUUUUGCUUUUUUGGUUUCGUGAUUUUCAAAUGGCGCCGGUUUCAGCUUUGGCAAAGUACAAGCUGGUGUUCUUGGGUGACCAGUCUGUGGGCAAGACCAGCAUAAUCACUCGCUUCAUGUACGAUAAAUUCGACAACACCUAUCAGGCUACAAUUGGUAUUGAUUUUCUAUCAAAAACUAUGUAUCUUGAAGAUCGUACUGUUCGACUACAGUUGUGGUAUAAGAUGCUUCUCCUUGGGGAUACGGCUGGACAGGAAAGAUUUAGAAGUCUUAUUCCAAGCUAUAUUAGGGACUCAUCUGUAGCUGUUAUUGUAUAUGAUGUUGCAAGCCGGCAGACUUUCCUAAACACGACAAAGUGGAUUGAAGAGGUGCGAACGGAGAGAGGCAGUGAUGUCAUUAUCGUUCUUGUUGGGAACAAAACUGAUCUUGUUGAAAAGAGACAAGUGUCUAUAGAGGAAGGGGAAGCAAAAGCAGGUGAGCUCAAUGUCAUGUUUAUUGAAACUAGUGCCAAAGCUGGGUUCAAUAUAAAGGCCCUCUUCCGAAAAAUUGCUGCUGCAUUACCUGGAAUGGAAACACUAUCUUCUGCAAAACAAGAAGACAUGGUUGAUGUAAACUUGAAGUCGUCAACUGGCAGUGCUCAAUCUCAACCUCCCUCAAGUGGAUGUGCUUGUUGAAUGUCCUUUGUCUUGUGCUCGUGUUUUUUUGUCGUGCUUUUAGUUUUAUGCAGGUUUCUCUAUAGAUUUCUACAGCAUUAUUUGUAAAGGUCAAAGAAUAGAUAAACGGUGCGGGGUAGGGGUUGAAAAAAGUUCUGUCUAGAAAAAUUCUGUUGUUGGUUAUGCCUGAGAUAGUACUAAUGUAGUAAAGUUGCCCAAAUUAACGUUGAAUUAUUUUCAUUGUACCCUAAAAAUGUGUCAAGUUUAAGUUCAUUUGGAUUGACUUU